GGUCCCCAGUCGUGAGCCACGAACAGGAAACCAGCUCCACACACGUGAAACACUCAGCCAUAACAUCUGACACAAGAUGGACAUUACAGAGGUUCCCGUGAGUAAUGACAAUAAAGGUAAGAAAAAUAAGUAUAAGAAGCCAAAGAACAAGAGUGUGACGAAGGAGCGAAAUGCAGUGGAGCCGAAGCUGGAGGUGAAGAUGGAGGCGAGCGAGGCUGCCUUCCCCCCCACCUUCAGUGUGUCCGAAAUCAAGAAUAAACAGCGAAGACACCACAUGUUCAUGAAAUUCAAGCUGGAGAAAAGCAAGCUAAAGUUGCAAGUGAAGAAAAAGAAGAAAAAAGAAAGGGAAGCUUUAGGUGACAAGGCACCACCUAAAGAAGUCCCAAAGACGAUAGAAAACCAGAGGGUUUACGACGAGACAACAGUCGACCCAGAAGAUGAAGAGAUUGCAUUUGACGAGGGAACUGAUGAAUUUUCUGCCUAUUUCAACGGGUUGACAAACCCAAAAGUGCUCAUCACAACAUCGGACAGACCAAGAGGGAGGACGGUGAGAUUUUGUGAGCAGCUGGCCACAGUAGUCCCGAACGCCCACGUGUACUACAGAAGAGGUUUGGCCCUGAAGAAGAUCAUCCCUCAGUGUGUCGCCAGGAACUUCACCUACCUCAUGGUCAUCAAUGAGGAUCGCAAAAUGCCCAAUGGAUUGGUUCUUUGUCAUCUUCCUGAUGGGCCAACUGCACACUUCAAGAUCAGCAGCGUUCGACUGCGCAAGGAGAUGAAGAGACGAGGCAAAGAUCCAACUGAACACUCCCCGGAGGUGAUCCUCAACAACUUCACCACACGUCUGGGCCACAGCAUCGGCCGGCUGUUCGCUGCCCUCUUCCCACAGGACCCUCAGUUUGUGGGUCGACAGGUCGCCACCUUCCACAACCAGAGAGACUUCAUCUUCUUCAGGUUUCACAGGUACAUCUUCAAGAAUGAGAAGAGGGUUGGUAUUCAAGAGCUCGGCCCUCGCUUCACCCUCAAACUCCGCUCUCUCCAGAAAGGCACCUUUGACUCAAAGUUUGGAGAGUAUGAGUGGGUCCUUAAGCGCCAUGAGAUGGAUGCCUGCAGAAGGAAGUUCCAGCUUUAAGUGCAAAAUAACAUCCAGCGCUUUGGGUCAGGAAAGGACGGCCGUGUAUAUUAUCCAAGAAAUGACUACCGUUUGUGGCAAAUGGACUUUAUAGUGGAUAUCCGGAUCUUUGUGGACAACCAUUUACUUUGAUGUGAAGCUUUGAUCACUGGAUUUAAUGAGAUCACAUCAUGCUAGAUUCACACAUGUCCUGAAAGGGACCUUUACUGUAUAAAGCUGUAUCUGCAGACCAAGUGUGGGACAGCUGCUUGUUGUAAAGACUUUCACACAUUGGCAGACAAACAGAGGAUAAAUGCAGCCCUCCACAUGGACCCAAUAACCUGAACAAUUUGACCUGUGUGUGAAACUCAUUAAUGGAUGUGCAGUUCCUUUAAAUGUAUCUCGAAACGUAAUGAAUGUGACCCAAAUUAAAUUCAGAAAAUGGGAGCUUUUCCUGGUCACAACCUGUAGUGCAUACAGACAUACUGUUACGUCCUGUGUAAAUAACAUAAUGAGCAGUGAAUUAAGUGCAACAGUGUCUGGAAAUUGGUAGAUGGUUCCAAUUGUGUCUACAGUGCUUUAGUAUUUGAUAAAGAUUUUAAAAUAAGACGCAUUUCACAGGUUUCUUAAUGUAAAUACUCAUUUUAAUAAAACAUGUUGCUGCAACUUAAA